UCAGUGGAUGAAAGACGGAUGAGGAAUACGGCCGUAACAAUCUAUUUUUCAGUAACAAGACGCGUUUCUCAUACAUCUAUAUAUUUUUUCUCUCGAGAACUGCCCUUAUUUACGUGGAUAUAAUAUUAUGGUGUUUAGAUGGCCUAACGGCCGGAGACGGAGUGUUAAUCUCACCAACGCUUCUCCAAGAUAUCCGCGUUGACCAGUACCUGAACUCCUGGGAUUUGAACAUGGAUAUCGCCGAUGGAGCGGAGGAUCUUUCCUUGGAGGAGAUUUUAUCGUUGUACAGCCAGCCGAUCAACGAAGAGCAGGCAUGGGCUGUUUGUUACCAAUGUUGCAGAACUUUGGCGCGGAAACACCGGAGAAGAAAUUCCAAGACUUCUGGCUCAUCUAUUGGGAAUUUGACGAGAAGGAUAGAAGGACCUGGCGAUGUGCGGAUUCUGAGAGAUGGAACAGUUAAAUUGCACCACCAAGACAGCACAGAUAAAUACAGACCUCCCAACACGUCCUUAGAGGUGAUUGAAUCUCUGGGAAUCAUGAUCUACAAGGCGUUGGACUACAGUCUGAAGGAGAGCGAGGAGAGAGAGCUCAGUCCGCCUCUGGAGCAACUCAUCGACAUGAUGACCAACAUGGCAGAGAAGGAGAGGGACAGAGACCCCUGCCCUGAUGAAGGUUACGAGGCCACUGAGGAGGAGGAAGACGAGGAAGACCCAAACACUGUCUGUAAUGUAAAAGGAUUCAGAGACAUCAUCACGCUGUGUACGUCCCACCUGCCCAGCCCCUCUGAUGCCCCUAACCACUACCAGGCUGUGUGUCGGGCGCUCUACGCCGAAACCAGAGAGCUACGCACCUUCCUGGAGAAGAUCAGGAGUGCCAAAGAGAACCUGCGGCGGAUGGAGGGAGACACUAGAGAGGAACCAGGCAGAGAUCUCAACGAGCUACAGAACGCUGACUGGGCGAAGUUCUGGAUGCAGGUGAUGGGUGACCUGCGUAACGGGGUCAAGCUGAAGAAGGUCCAGGAGAGACAGUACAGCCCUCUACCUAUAGAGUUCCAGCUCACGCCUUACGAGAUGCUGAUGGAUGAUAUCCGCUUCAAACGAUACAAACUACGGAACGUCAUGCUGAAUGGAGACAUCCCUCCCAGGUUAAAGAAGAGUGCUCAUGAGGUCAUCCUGGACUUCAUCCGCUCCAGACCACCUCUCAACCCU